UCGGUGUGGGUGAAUGGGGCGUUGGAGGAGAUCCGUCAGGCAUGAGGGGUCAAGGUUGUUUAGGGCUUUGUAGGUGGUGUGGAGGAUCUUGAAAUGUAUGCGUUGUUUUACUGGAAGCCAGUGAAGUUGACGGAGGACGGGCGUGAUGUGUUCUCUGGAGGGAGUGUGGGUGAGCAGUCGAGCAGCGGAGUUUUGAACAUAUUGCAGUUUUUGAAGAACAGUUGAGGGGAGACCAUACAGGAUGCUGUUGCAGUAGUCGAGUUUGGAGGUGAUGAAGGCAUGAAUUAGUGUUUCAGCAGCUGAGAAGGAGAGAGUGGGUCGAAGGCGUGCUAUGUUCCGCAGGUGGAAGAAGGAUAUUUUGGUGACGUGGUUUAUGUGUGACUUGAAGGAGAGUGCAGGGUCCAUGUAGAUGCCAAUGUUUCUGACCAGGGGGGAGGGAGUGACAGAGUGACCAUCAAUACAGAGUGAGAAAUUCUGGGAGGUGGGCCAAAGAUUAUAAUUUCAGUAUUAUUGCUGUUGAGUUUGAGGAAGUUGUGGUUCAUCCAGGUUUUUAUGUCGGUGAGGCAGUUGGUGAGGGUGGAGAGAAUAGCUGGAGUGAUGGUUUUGGUGGUGAUGUAGAGUUGAGUGUUGUCAGCAUAGCGGUGAAAGUCCAUGGCGGCGGAUGAUGUGGCCAAGUGGGAGCAUAUAGAGGAUGAAGAGGAUGGGGCCAAGCACUGAGCCUUGGGGGACUCCGUGUGAGACAGUGGUGGUGUGGGAUUUGUGGUUGUUUAUGGCGAUAUAGUGAAAUAUUUCUGACAGGUAUGAGUUGAACCAGGAGAGGGCGGAGUCGGUGAUGCCUAAGGAUUUCAGGCGGCUGAGGAGGAUGGAGUGGUUGACGGUGUCGAAGGCAGCACUGAGGUCCAGGAGGAGAAGAAUGGUGAGGGAGCAGGAAUCAGAGGAGAGUAGGAGAUCGUUUGUGACUUUGAUUAGUGCUGUUUCAGUGCUGUGGUGGGUUCUAAAGCCGGAUUGGAAUGUUUCAUAUAGAUUAUUGGAGAGGAGGUAAGUCUUGAGUUGAGUUGCGAUGGCUCUUUCCAGUAAUUUUGAGAUGAAUGAGAGGUUGGAGAUGGGGCUGAAAUUGUUGGGGUCGUCAUAGUCAAGACCAGGUUUUUUAAGGAGAGGGGUGAUGGCAGCAAGUUUAAGAGGUGGGGGGACAGUGCCAGAGGUAAGGGAGGAGUUGAUGGUGUCAGUGAUCAGUGGGGUGAGAGAGGUAAAACAGGCUUUGACGAGUUCAGAGGGCAUGGGGUCCAGGGGGGAGGUGGAUGAUUUCAUGGUGGAGAUUAUUUUGGAGAGGUCUGCAGUGGUUAUCGGGGAGAAGGUAGAGAGCCGGUGGUCUGAGGAUGAAGGAGGUGUGGGUUCGGGGACCGGGGUAGAGGCAGAGGAGGUUGCAAGCUGGUUGUGGAUGUUUUCUAUUUUGGAGUUGAAAAAAGAAAUGAGGUUGUCGCAUUUCUCCGGGGUGAAUGAGGAUGAAAUGUUGUCGGUGGGCUUGAGGAGUUUAUUUAUGGUGGAAAACAGGGUGCGUGGGUUGGAGGAUCCAGAGUGAAUGAUGCCAGAGUAGUAUACUGAACAGUCAUUUUUACAGUCCGGGGAGUCAAUGCGUAGGUUGAAAUCACCGAGAAGUAAAACAGAUGGUGAGAUUGAGGAGAGUGCGGUGAUGAAUUCAGAGAGUUCUGGUAGAAAUUAUGGAUUGGGUUUGGGGGGACGGUAGAUGAUUGCAAUGAUGAGAGGUUUUGGGCCGGGUAAUUUAAAAGCCAGGUGUUCAAAAGAUGGAGCAGCAGGGAUGGUGAGAGGGCGAGGUUGGAGGUCUUGUUGGUAGAUGGCAGCAAUGCCCCCUCCUCUGCCCUCAGAGCGUGGGUUGUCCAGGUAGGAAUAUACAGCAGAGGUGGUUUGGUUUAGUGACAUUUUUUAGAGUGGUGAUGAGUUCGGUGGAAGGAGGAAUUUGGGGAAUGAGCUGGCGGAGCUGCAAGGAUGAGUAGCGAAGUGCCAUGGCUGAGGCUGAGGACAGGUGGACACCUGCCCCGGAUCUCUACCCUCAGCUCAGCGGCGAUGGAAGAUGUCCACUGGAUGGGAGCAGGAUUGGUUUGAUGGGAAGGCAGCGGUCUUGGCCACAGCAGAGGGCCGAAGCAUCCGCACCGGUACAGGUGGAGAUUCUUACAGGUUUACCUUCGACCAGGUUACGGCGAUGGAACCUGUCGCGGAGAGUCUUUCGACACUUGCCGUGCAGGUCUCAGGUUCCCUGGAGGAUGUUCGUCCGUGGGCCCGCAGCCAGUCAGAUGGUUCUGCUGUCAAUCCUUCUGCCUCUUCUGCACUCGCUGGGUGGAGUUUUGGGAGCCAAGACUUGUGUCCCCAGGCCGAGCUGCAGCGAGUGCAUCCAGAGCCCGGGCUGUGCCUGGUGCUCAGCGAAGGGCUUCCUGCAGGCCGGGGAGCCCAGCGAGAGGCGCUGCGAUGCCAAAGAGGCGCUCACCAGCAGAGGCUGUAAAGAGCCCUACCUCCCUGAGACAGAGGAGGCACUCCUUAUGAAGGACAAAGAGCUGAGUGCUUCUGACGACAUUAUCCAGCUCCGACCCCAACAGAUACACUUUCAGCUCAGAGUGGGAGUUCCACAAACCUUCAAGGUGUCGUUCAAGCGGGCCGAGGGUUACCCCAUCGACCUCUACUACCUCAUGGACCUGUCCUUCUCCAUGGGGGACGACCUGGACAUGAUCAAGAAACUGGGUCAGGACUUGGUCAGCACUCUGCAGAGCUUCACCAAGAAACUGCGGAUAGGAUUUGGGUCCUUUGUGGACAAGGUGGCGUUGCCGUACGUGAGUCAGAUGAAGAGGAAGAGGAGGGAUCCCAGUCCGCACCGAGAAACCAGCUGCCAGCCAGCCUUCAGCUUCCAGAACCUCCUCAACCUCACAACAGACAUUGCGGCCUUCGAGAAAAAGGUCAUCGGGCAGAGGAUUUCUGCCAACCUGGACUCACCCGAGUCAGGCUUUGACGCCAUCAUGCAAGCUGCGGUCUGUAAGGACGUGAUUGGCUGGGACAAAGGGACCAAGAUCCUACUCUACACGUCUGAUGACACGUUCCACAUGGCGGGGGACGGGCGUCUGGCCGGCCUCAGCGAGCCUCCAGACGGCCACUGCCACCUCUCUCCGAGCGGCCUCUACGAUGGGACACGAUUCGAUUACCCCUCCAUCGGACAGCUGGCCCGGGUCCUCACCGCCAACAACAUCCAGCUCAUAUUCGCCGUCACCAAAAACAUUUCUGCAGCUUAUGAGGAACUGAGUAAAAUGAUCCCACAGUCUGUGGUCGGAGUUCUGGAGAGCGAUUCCAGCAAUGUGGUCCAGAUCAUCAAAAAUGCUUACAAUAGCCUGUCCUCCAGCGUGGUCCUGGAGCACCACGGCGCCCCCCAGGGGCUGGAGGUGGCCUACCAGGCCUACUGCACGAGCCCGAGCCCGGGCCUGCCCGGGCUCCGGCCCUGGAGCCAAAGAGCAGAGUGCAAGGACAUCAAGAUCAACCAGCAGGUGGAUUUCUACGUCCAGCUGAACAUGUCCAGGUGUCUGGAGCAGACAGAGUUCCACCUCUCCGUUCAGGGCAUCAGUGAGCAGCUGAAGCUCGUGGUAAAGAUGAAGUGCGAGUGCGACUGCGGCCCGGUAGAGGAGGCGUCUCCCUCCUGCAGCGGUCACGGCACGCUGCACUGCGGCACAUGCAGAUGCGACCCGGGCUUCCUGGGCCAGACGUGUGACUGCCAGCAGAGUGAGGACCAUGUCUCUCUCUACGAGAAGUGCCGUCAUGGCGGGUCCUCUCAGCUGUGCAGUGGCCACGGCAGCUGCGAGUGUGGCAAGUGUGCGUGCCAGCACAGCUUCAGCGGGCCAUUCUGCGAGUGUGACGACAGCAACUGCGCACAAAGCAACCAGCAGUUGUGUGGCGGAAACGGGAAGUGUGUUUGUGGGAAGUGCAACUGCUUGGCCGCUUACGGAGGGGAGGCCUGCGACUGCUCCACGCUCACCGACCGGUGCCAGACGGCAGGCAGACCCUGUAGCGGCCGAGGGGACUGUCUCUGCAACAGAUGCGUCUGCAAGGGAGGGUUUGACGGCGACCACUGCUCCCACAUUCCCAACAACUGCACCAAAUACGAGAAGUGUGUGACGUGCAUUUCCAAUCUUGCGGGAGAGGGCGCUGAGGCCUGCGAGGUCCCCUGUGAGGGGGCGGUGUUGAGCAGUAAGGAUGGACGGACGCUUCAGGACGCCCACUGCAGCUUCCAGUCCUUCCUGUACGACGUGACGCUGACUCCCCAGGGCAUCGUCCACCUCCGCUACGCCGAAAUGCCCAGAACUAUUGAUAAGACUUGGGUGAUCAUCUGGAGCACCAUGUCAGGAAUCGUCUUCAUCGGCCUGUUGAUCAUCCUCAUCAGCCGUCUGCUUCUCGAGUUCCACUACCGCCGGGAGUACCAAAGCUCCGUCACAGACCAGCAGCAGACCGACUGGAAGGAGACUCACAUUCCCUUGCUCAAAGAUACCACCACCACCACGGUCAUAUUUAGAUGAUUUUUCUAUAUUACAUUUUAUUUUACAUUUAGGUUCACUUUCUGACUAUUCUGUUUUUUAUAAGUAUUUGUAAACUAGCCAGAUUCAUAUUGGUAGGCUAUGUAAUAUGCAUUUUAUUUUGAACUCAUCAUUGUAUAUGCAUAAUGAGUAAUCAUUUAACCCAGCGAGCUGUUGCCUCACUCAAUACACUCAGCAACAUUUUCAAACAACUCACUAUUUUAAUAUAUAUAUAUAUAUAAUUUUUCUAUAUUACAUUUUAUUUUACAUUUAGGUUUUCUUUCGGACUAUUCCGUUUUUUAUAUGUAUUUGAAAACAUGACAGAUUCAUAUUAGUAGGCAAUGUAAUGUACAUUUUAUUUUGCACUCAUCAAUGAAUAUGAAUGAUGAGUGAUCAUUCAACCCAGUGUCUCACUCAAUACACAACUAGGCAUAUUCAUAUUAUUAGGCUGUGUAAUAUACCUUUUAUUUUGACAAUAAAAUUGUAAUUUACUUCUUUUUGUCUUGCUCCAAGUUUUUAUAAUUAAUAGUGUGUGAGCUGAAUGGCUCGAACC